GGUAGGUGGUGUUGACUAGCUGUCUUCUCUGUAGAAUCUAGUUUAUCACUUCAUAAUUAGAAAAGGUUAGCACAAAUAAACAUGUGGUAUCUUUGCGCGAAAUUCAACUAAUAAACAAAUUCUUUCUGCUGAUGUUAUUUACCUGUCAUUCUUUCAGCCUUGGUAUUGGGUGAAAGGCAUCAUUGUUAUAUGAUAAAGCAUAUAUAUAUAUAGUGUAUUUAACAUAAUAUUAAUUUUCACUUAUUCUCAAUUAGUCUUAAAUGCUUAUAGUUGAACAAUAAAGAGCUUCAGCUUCGUGCCCCCAUUUAAACAUGGCAGAAGAGGAUGAAGUAGAUUACAUGUCAGACACGUUUGUUACCGUUCCACAAGAAAAUGACAUUCGACCUGGGUUAGUUUUUAACCACUCAUUGAAGAGAAAGCAUGAGCUAGAAAAACAACAAAUUGAAAGUAAAAAAAUCAAUUUUCAAAAACCUAUAAAACAGCUAGAGGAAGAAAAUCGUUUAAAAGGACUUAGUAAUGCUCUUCCUGAAAAUAAUAAAGGCUUUGCUAUGUUGCAAAAGAUGGGGUACAAACCAGGGAUGAGCUUGGGAAAGAAAGGUAACAGAGUUUAA